AUGCAUAUGGAGGACCCUUUACAUCCUCCAACGAUACCAACAGGAGACGAAGAUCAACAUUCGGUCGAACCGAUGCUUUUGGAAACGCCGCAAGACUCUUACGUCGUCAAAAAUAAACCGGCGACUCUUAAAUGUCGUGCCGCGCAUGCUUUGAACAUUUAUUUCAAAUGCAACAACGUUCGUAAGACUCCAUUAACUGAUCAACAUUUUGAAUUUGUCGAUCCUCAAACGGGAGUUCGAUACGUGGAAGCAAACAUAACGAUAACGCGAAACGAAGUUGAUGAAUUUUUUGAAAAAGACAAAUUUCGAUGUGUUUGUAUUGCGUGGUCGAGUAGCGGUCAAGUUGAAAGUCAACCUGCUAUCGUCGAAGUAGCCUUACGUUAA